AACGAAUCAUACGGCAUUUUUUGUUUACAAUUUGCAAGAGAAUUUCGUUUAGUUUUUUCAAAUAGUUUAAGGCAAAAAAAUAUAGUUUAUUUGUUAGCAAAGUCUAUUAAAAUGGCAUUCCUUGGCGAUUGCUGCAUUGUGUUUGUAUCACAGAUGCUGUUCUUUGCCGGCGGCUGGUUAUUCUUCAAUAAGCAAUUAUUCAAACACUAUGAGAUACGUCACAUAUCCGUUCAAUUAAUAUUCUCAGCGACAUUUGCCUUAUCUGUGACCAUGUUCGAAUUGAUUAUAUUUGAAAUUAUUGGGGUAUUGGAGUCCAGUUCACGGUAUUUCCAUUGGCGUUUGGGUCUGACUUUAUUACUAUUUAUGGUCACGGCUGUGAUUCCACUUUAUAUAUGCUAUUCUGUGAUACAUAGCAUUUCUUUUUUUUCCGAUCGAUGGGUGAAAAUACUCACCACCUUUUGUUGGUUUGUAUUUCUCUAUGGCCUCUGGCGCAUAGGUGAACCAUUCCCUUUGCUAAGCACUUCUCAUGGCAUAUUUACCAUAGAGCAGGGCGUCUCCAGAAUUAGUGUUAUCGGUGUCACCGUAAUGGCUAUACUUUCGGGCUUUGGUGCUGUAAAUUAUCCUUACACCAGCAUGACCUAUUUCAUUAAACCCGUUUCGCGUAGCGACAUUGUCUGUUUGGAAAGAAGAUUGGCCUUAACUGUGGACAUGUUGACGGCUAAAAAACGGCGUAUAGCCAUGGCUGCCUAUAAUUAUAAUAAGCAGCAUCAUACCAAACCAAGAAUAUGGGAAAUGUUGGCCUCGGCUGUCCAUCGAACUACUAACAAUGGGGACGACAUUAAUCAGCUAAAACAAGAAGUCUAUGGUCUAGAGGAGCUCUUGCGUUCAGUUUUUCUGGAAUUAAAUUCUUUGAAAAAUAUGGAAGAACGUCAACGUUGGUCACAAACCCUGCAGGGCAAAUAUUUCAAUGUAUUGGGACAUUUUUUUAGUGUCUAUUGUGUGUAUAAAAUAUUUAUGUGCUGCAUUAAUAUCAUCUUUGAUCGUGUGGGCCGUAAAGAUCCGGUGACACGUGGCCUGGAAAUAGCUGUACAUUGGUGCGGUUUUGACAUAGAUCUGGCAUUUUGGAAUCAGCAUGUUUCCUUUCUGCUGGUGGGCUGUAUUGUGGUGACCUCCAUAAGGGGUCUUCUGCUGACACUCACCAAGUUUUUCUAUCGCGUUUCGUCGAGCAAAUCUAGCAAUAUUAUUGUCCUUAUUUUGGGUCAAAUAAUGGGCAUGUAUUUCUGUUCGUCGGUGCUACUGAUGCGUAUGAAUAUGCCAGCCGAGUAUCGAGUGAUUAUCACCGAAGUUCUUGGCAAUUUACAUUUUAACUUCUAUCAUCGUUGGUUCGAUGUUAUAUUCCUGGUCAGUGCCUUGACCACAAUUAUUGUCUUGUAUAUAUCCCGGAAGGCUGUAUGCACAGAUGAUUCCGAUUUGAACUGAACGACGGGAAUUAUGUUUUUUAAAAGACAGAUACCUAAGGAUUAGUUAUAUAUAUUAUACAUUAACAUAUGUAUGUAUGCAUGAAUAUGCCAAAUGUGAAUGUAUGUAUUUAUUAUGUGAGUUGGGUUUAACCAAAAGCACAAAAACGAAUUAAAGUUAUCUAAGCUGAAA